AAUAAUUGCAAAGGUCUAUUUAACUCAUUCUCAUUAUUAAUGAAAGUGCACUUCAGGUGCGUAUAUUAUUUCUUAACGAAUUUCUUAUUUUCGCAUAGUGAAUGAUAGUGUAGUGUGUAAACAUUUCUUCACAUGUGAAAUAUGUGUAGUGUAGUCUUUAUUAAAUUAACUACUGCAGACUACAGUACAGGACAUCAUAUUCACAUUAUACCUCGUUUUCUUUAUUAGACUAAAUUUUCUAUUAGAUCAUGCCACUAAAAGGGAUUCCCAACCAACUGUCGCCCGAGCUUUUAAAAGCACUUGCUGAAAUGGGACAUGGAGAUGAAAUAAGUAAGUUUAGUAAGUUAAAAAUAUUAUUUCUACCAUCUCUCAUUAAUCUUUGAGACUUUUCACAUUUGUCCAUCUCUCAUUAAUCUUUGAGACUUUUCACAUUUGUUUUCAUUCAUUGUAUCGGUGUAGUGUAUGAUUUAUUUUCUCAGUUUCUGAUUCCCAAAUUAGGUUUAAGAUCUACUUCAACAGCAGCAUGUAUUUGAAAUACUAAUACUAAUAUUGAACCCCUAAAUCUACUUCUAAGAUGUGAGGCAGCAAUUUUCAAGAUGUUUGAGGGGUACAGAAGGCUAGAGAAACAAUAUCCAAAUAGAAAAAUAAUGGACAUAAUGUAGACCACACUAUAGAACAAAACAGUAUUAGAAAUUCAAAAGAAGCACCACCUUCCAACAUUCAGAGAAGACUUACAAAUAAAACUUAAGACUUUAUCCCUUAAAUUAACAUCUGCAAACUGCUUUCAAGACAGACCUGAUCAAAAAGAUAGAUAAGAAAAGUGGGAACAUUUACGCACAGUAACACAAUAAUAAUAAUUGCAGAAAAAAAAAACAUAGCAUCCUACACAGAGAAUUUAAAAAAAUUUAAAAAUUUAAGAUGGAACAACUUCUAAGGAACCUUACAUGCAAGCUAUGGUGUACAAAUAGAAUACCCAGACCAAUCAUGUGAUGCACUAUGCAAGCCCUGUGUGGCCAUCUGCAUUAAUUAUGAAGCAGAAGUGAGCAAUCUUCAUAGCUUACUACAGAAAAAAACAAAGAAAUGACAAUAUCCUGUCAGAUUACAAAUCUAAACUUCAGGUGGCCGAGUAUGAAAUCUUAACAACAACAACAGUAAAAUCCUUACUUUGAAAAGUAACGCCUUCUUCUAAGCCUGAAGUGUCAAGCUAAGCAUACAAUUGAUACCAGGACAUCACAUUAUACCUACAUAGUAUAACAGAGCAGACAAACUAGCGAAACAGACGGCAUCCAAUGAACAGCCAAACAUACCUGCAUACUAAAUACUGCAAAGCAGAUUAUCAGAACAAAAAUGAAGAAUGGUUAAAUGGAUGUACUAUGGGCUCAAAAGAAAGAUGUGUGUUCACAUAGUGCCUAGCCCAGACCCUAAAGAUCUAACAAAUUGCUCCAAAGACAUAAAAAUUUCAUAAUUUUUCACCUGCCCACAGAUUACAGAGAACUUAAUCCUCACCUUAACCUAAUAAAACUAGAUAAAACACCAAUGACGUUAUAGAAUUUAGUACUAACAAGUAAUAAGUAGUUGAGCUUCAGAAAACAGUUAUCUAUAGACAAAAUUAAAUGUUAAGUACGGUAUUCAUGGUCCAAAAUGUGAAGCAAGUAUUCAUGUUUGUGUCCGGUUGUUUGACCAAUUUUCCCACUAAUUUUCUGAAGCUUUGUGCACAAAGUAUUGUGUAUCAAUAAAAUUUCUUUGCCAAUUUUACACAUUUUUAAAUCUAAUCAAGCAAAAUCUGUAGAUUUCUUUAAAAAUAAAUUAUAAAGUAAAUAUGUAUUUAGUACGUUAUUAUUCACUGAUUGUCAUAUGAAGUGUUCAUUUAACUUAAUUUUUGCAAAGUGAUUUUUGAAGCAUAAUAAAAAAAAUGUUUACUUAAAGAUUUAAAUACUUGAAGGAAAAUUUAAUCUAUAUCACAUUCACAAUAAUAAUUUCUAAAUUAAAAAUACAUAGGGUACAUGUUUUAAAUUUAAAUUGCACACUGAAAUCUGUUGUGUUUGCUAAUUUUGCAGGUCAUACAGUGUUGAGGAUACAUUGUCUUUGACUUUUGCAAUAAUCUCUUUUUAAAAAUUGCACCUGCUUAUUUGGUAUUUGCUUGCAUAUUCUGUUCCAGUAUUUUAAAUACAUAUUUAGAAGCCAUGGUGUAAUUGCAGAUUUGCUAUUGUGAAACCAUAAAGAAUACAAUUAUGAGUGACUUGUUAAAACUGUGUGAAGUAAAUAAAUAUUGCAACCAUAGCAAACAAAUUAGUUUAUAAUGCCGUACAAAUGUUGGCCCCUCUGAUCUUUUUAUUGAUAUAGAUAGUGUGUUUUUUAAAUAUUUUUUGAAAUUUUAAACAGAAAUACACCUUGCUCUGUUGCCUUAAUGCCUGUGUAUAUACUUUCAGUUCUAGCUGAUAUACAUUUUCCAACAACUUCGAUAUGUGCAUGUGGACCCAGGCAGUUAAGGGCUGAUGGUAUGUAAUUUUGAAAUGGUAUAAGCUAUAAUAAUAGAAAUAGAGUGUAUCUAAGGAAUACUCACUUGAACAAUUACUUUUCUGAAGCAAUGGAAUUUUUUAGGAGUAACCAUUUCUGACCACAAAUAGCUCUACUUGACCAGACACAACCAUGGACUUUAAAUUUUAAAGACAAUCUUUUCAUUUUAUUACUUAUAGAUAAAAAAGAUAUUCUUAUUCUUUAGCAGCACUACAUCAAAGUUGUCUAGAGCAGGGGUCUCAAACUCAAAUCAUUUGGGGGCCGCAGGAGGUAGAGUCUGAGUGAGACUGGGUUGCAUCAAGUAUUUCAAAACAAAUCGAUUAAGAAUUCAAUAAUGUACAACUGUUACAAUCUGCUCAGAACCAUAACACAAUUUUGUGCAGAAUGCCCUGAAAUUUUCAUAGGCAACACUGACAAGCUACCCCUUGUCUUGUAACUUCUUCUUAAGUAUAUUCAGCUCCUGCGUAAUGUCAACAAGAAAACCUAAGUCCAUGAGCCAUUUGGGAUCACUUAGUGCAGAAACAACCAUCUAUCCUUCUUCAUGAAGGAUUUAAAUGCUAAAACAGUGGGCAGGAGCAGGCCAUAUUUAUGAAUUAUUGAUGCGAAGCAAGAUGCUAUUGUAGGAAGAAUGUAUUUUUUAUUUUUUAUCGUAGGAAAGGCCUUUUUAACUAGCCCUAUUUUGAAAGUGAUCAAGCUGACAGGCUCGGAAUUUCCAUCACUUGUAAACACUACCGGCAAUUUUAAUAGGGAUUCUUUGAUACUGUGUCAGAUUGCUACGAUAUACACAAUCAUGGUUGUGCAUUACCCACUAACUGAUCUUUUAAACUUUUCAAAAAACAGCAUUUUGGUAAUGUUUGUCAAAUAAAAUGCUAUAAAAUAAAAACUUUUAGUCCCAUUUUAAAAUGGUUUUUAUCAUUAUAAUCAAGUUCCAAAUCUAAACCAAUAUAAUUCAAUUAAACUAGUGGGUGCGAUUCUACUGAAUGCGGGCCACAAAAUAUCAUCUUGUGGGCCGUAAAUGGCCCGCGGGCCAAGAGUUUGAGACCCCUGGUCUAGAGGGAAAGAAAUUAAAACAAUUUUCAAUAUUAAGAUCUUUGCCAAAGUAAUAAAUGCAAAAAGUUUUACUUAUGGAACCACAAUUUUAUUUUUAAUCAAUCGCAGGAGCAUUUGAUAAUUUGAGCAGGUUUGUUUUCAUCUUUCAUAACAAGUAAAAUAAAAGAUUAUUUCUUUUUUUAAUUUAUAUUCUAUUGAAAAAUUAUUAUACAAAAACAAAUUAUUUCUCUCAUGGUAUUGUCAGGGCAGAGUGCAACAGACUUACUUCAAGCUGUAAUGAAAUUAUUUCCACUCGAUCAGUAUGAGGACUAUCCAGUAAGAUUACAAGCAUUUACAUAUUUCUCAAUAAAUUAGUGUUAGGGUACAUUUUCAUUGGAUCUGUUUUUGAUAAUCUUGUCUUAAUUAAUAAAAUACAAGAUUUUAUAUUAUAAACUCAUGGAUCGUUGGAUAUUUUUUUUAGUUUAUUCCUAGAUAUACCAAACUCCAUUGCUGUAGUUAAUGAAUUAUUAUUGUUUUAUGCUUAAUAACUUGAUUGUUGCUUAACACAGGUUGCCAGAAUGGAUUUAGUAGCUUCAGAUAAAAUAAAAGGAUUGAAGACACCAAUAUGGGACAAGUAUCAAGAAAUAUUGAACGAAGCUGAGGGGAAACAGGUAGAAACAUUUUAAGCAAACAAGAAGAUGCCCCUUUUACUCACUAAAAUACUGACAUAUUUUAAUUGAAUAUUCUUGUAAUUUCAAGCUAUUGAAUUAAUUUAAAAUAAAUAUUGUUGAAGGUAAUAGUGUUUUUUUCAACAGCAGUAACAUACAUUUUCAUUAUGUUUGAACGGUAUUUAUACUAUGCAUAUUUACAGGUAAAUAUUGAAUAUGUGGAGAGAUUUGCUUUUUAUGAAAGAGCAAAAAAAGCGUUUGCUAUUGUUCAUACAGGGUAAGAAUAAAUUAAGAUAACAUCAUUUUAUUACCCUAAAUAAACUGUAAUAAUAUGACUAUUUUUACAAUUAGUUGAUCAUAUUUCUUUAAUUUUAAAUUGGAGGUGAAACUCCAUACUUUUAAUUAUAGAUAUGAAUUUGAUUAAAAUUUAUAAGCUAUUUCAAUGCAAAUUAAUAAAAACACAUUUUUUACUUUACUUAUUAAAGUAAAGUUAAAUAAGACUAAUUUUUUGGUACCUUUUUUCUCUUAUUAAAGUUAAUAUAAGUUUCAUCUUUUGUACCGGGUACACAAGUGGAUCAAUGGGAGGGAUAUCAACUUAAAGUUACAUUUGUGUGAUUAUUUGAAUCCAUUGAUAUUUAGUCUCUGGCAUUUUAAAUUUCGGAACUUAUUUCUUUGUAUUUUAAUAUUGUAUGAACCACUAAUUACUAUUUUUCUUUUAAUUUUCAGUGAAAAUCAACAAUAUGCGAACAUUAUUCUGAAGAAAGGCUGUCUUGUUUGAGAAAAUUUUAGCACUAAAUGAAAAUAAUUCUCAAAAUGGCUCUGUUGGAAAUCAUCCCAAUUAAAAAGAACAAGUCUUGCUGAGAUGCAUCUUUUUUGUUCUUAACUCUUUUAUUGAAUUUUAAGAUAUUUUAAAACAUCUAAACAAAGUUCAGAUUCAUUUACUUAUGAAGCAUUGCUCCAGAUUUUAUGUUAUUAAAAGUUUACUUGUCUUUACAUUGUCAUUGUUUUGACUAUACAUCAUGAGAUUUACUUAAACUGCCUUAUAACAAUACUUAACUGUUGUCAUUUAUGAUUUUUUAACAUUAUAAUUUAAAAACAUGGUGUGUAUUAUUAGGUAUUUUAAAAGUGGGUUUUUACAUGAAUGAAUUGUUAUUAGCCUGUUGAUGUGGAAUUUUAUUAAAAUUGGUUAAAUUUAAAUUUAGUUAUUGUGUUAUUUGUUUCUAAAGGUUGUAGGUUUUGAUAUAAUGUGCAACAAAGAUUGACCUAACCGAGCCUUGCA